AUGGACAAGAAAAAUGCCAUUCGGAGAGCCAAGAGGCCGUCUAAAGUGCUUGAAGAAAAUUAUUGGGAUUGCAGCGUAUGUACCUAUAGGAACAAUGCAGAAGCCUUCAAAUGUUCGAUGUGCGAUGUCAGGAAAGGUACGUCGACGCGGAAGCCUCGUAUCAAUCCAGCAUUGGUUGCGGCACAAGCAGCUGGCACAGCACCCACCAGCUCACAGAAGCGACCACGAUCAGCCAACUCCCUUAAGAAGAAACGACGGCAUCCGCCAAGACUUAGCAAUGUCGACCGAAGCUCAGCGCAGACUAGGGAGGUAACUGUAAGUGGAGUAACUGUUGUUAUAACUGAAUACAAGCCGAAGAAAUCCGUGUCAAGCAGUUCUAGUGACGUGGAGUCUUCGAAUGACGCAAGACCAUGA